GGGGGGGGGGGAGGCGUGUGAUCCGGGGCCCAGCCAGAGCGCACGAUUCUAAUUGCGAACGGCGACAAAAAAGGCUACCGAGGGGCGCAAAGUCAAAUAAGUUGACCUGUUGCCCUUUCUUUUUUCCACGCCUCUGCCCGCCACUUGUCGCCACUCCUCGCUGCAGCCGUGCGAAAGGGGGAGAGGGGGAGGGCUGUGGAGUAGCGGUAAUCCCUGUUGAUGUCGGGGGCUCCGGGGGGCAUGCGCCCGGCGGUGCGGCGCGUCGCCCCCCCCUUCCCCGGUGCGCCCUUUCGGGCGCUACUACCGCGCUUACUCAUCUUAAUAAUACCCUUCGCGUUAUCGUAUUUUCCAGCCCGUAAGUAGUUUAGUCGGUUUCAUCUUCUUCAUGCGUCGUCACCGUCGCGCCGUGCUCACCUUGUGCUCUGACUCGACCCUCAGGAUCCCGCCCCUGAACAAGAGAUCUGCCCGGCAGUGGGACACGCGACCCAUGCGAUGUAAAACGGAGGGAUGAGCGAGCAAGAAAGCGGUGAACGGGGGAAUGGGUGCUACGAGCACGAUCCGAUCCCAGAUUGCAGCAACACGAGCAACAGUCAGUACAACUACUCGCAGCUCAACGACUGGGAGACCUCGCCUGGUGAAUAUGGUCGGAGCUAUCGGGCGGCUAGUUUGGCGGUGCCGCGGAGCUCAUACGGGGACGAGAACCACCCCCGGUGUCCACCCCCAUCCAGUCCGGGCCUCCUCGACCUCUUCUACUCCGAGGCCAACCAUUUCGAGCAGCCCUUCCGACGCCACUCCACAGCCGAUGUCUACCACUCACAGAGGACGCACACACACAAAAUCACUGCGAGCAGCCCCGGAAUGGAGAGACUGCCCCAGCGGACGCCGCCAGAGGUGCCGGAGCGGAAGAAGCCGGGGUCGGUGCCCCCGCAGCUCCCCCGGCCGGCCCUGAUCGAGCACAAAAUCCCGCCGCCUCCGCGGAAGUCGGCGCCGCCGAUCCAGCCGCGCGCCCGGGGCCAGGUCCCCCGCCCGACCCCGCUCGGGGCCUCCCAGAAGGAGGCGCCCAAGCCCACGGCAGCGCCGCCGCCGGCCCAGGCCUUCUUCCCUCCAACGCCUACUGACGCCGGUCCCUCGGUCUUCAGCUCGAUGCAGUUCAAGAACUACGAGCUCCUCAACCGGAACCAGGUCUCCUUCAUCCCUUGUAACUCAGAGUGUCCGCAGUCGCCGCGCCGCUACUCUUACUCCCACGCCGGGGAACUCAAGGUACAGGCUCCCGGGCCGGGUCGGCCCCCGCAGCGGCCGGACACGCCACCACCGCCCGAAUACCAGCGCAAGUUCUCCGAGGGCAACCUCCCCGCGGAGGCGGCCGUCUUCGGCAACCGACGACGGAGCCUGAAGAUCCCGCCGCCGAUCGAGACCCGGGCGACGCUGCUCACCGAGUUCUCGGACGGCGAGGCGCCAGCAACGCUCUCUGACGAGCACAUAGACAAGAACACCAUCCGGCAAGACUCCAACGUCUCCAGCGACGGCUACAGUCAAACGUCCUCGCCGAGCUACAACAUCAAGUCCAUGGAGACCCCGCUCCUCCCGCGUUCCAAGUCCAAACAGGGGAGCAAAGUCGUCGUCCCCAAGGUCGGCAAGGACAAGAAGAAGGCCACCCUCGAGUGCCUCAACACGAGCGAGUGCAACAAGACCCGGAUCAAAGAGGGCAGCACUUCCCCGCUCACCAAGAGCAUGUCCACUCCCGCCAGCCUCCAGACGGCCGUCAAACUAAGCAACGGCUCAAAUAUGUCUCUUCACCAUAAGAUUAUUCGUGAUAUCCGUCGUCCGUCAUCCCAUUACAUAUCCCGAGGAAGACUACGCUUUCAGUGUGCUCAAAUUAUUCUCAACGCUAUCGCACUUCUGGCUAUCGCAGCCGGUCUAGCGGCCUAUUUUAAUACAUAUCCUGUCAAGAUCAAGUACGUGAACAAAACCAUAACUCAGAAUUUCACCAAAACGCAGUACGUUCUUCAGCCUGUCUACGAGGAAGAUCUGAACCCCGCACCAGGAAUCUGUUUACCACUUAUCGUUCGUUUUUGUCAAAUUCAUAAAGUACCCUACAACUACACGGUUUUUCCCAACUACAUUGGACACUUUAAUCAAAAGUUUGCAGAAACGGAACUCGAGAUGUACGACGCCAUUGUGGACGUGCGCUGUUAUGAGCUGGCGGCCUUUUUCCUCUGCACUCUCUUCGCGCCCAAGUGUGGAUCGGGAGGUAAUUUAGUUCGGCCGUGCAGAAACUUGUGCGACGAGACAAUCCGGAGGUGUGGCUUUUUCUUAGAGGUCUUCGGGCUCACAUUACCUGAUUACCUCGAUUGUAAAAUGUUUCCUGAGUCCACAAAUCCCGAGACCUGUAUUGGACAUCGUGAAACAGAGCUAGAAUUCAUACGAUCACAAAGGCCUGUUUGCCACAGCGGUUUUCAGUGUGAUAUGAAGCGAUGCAUCCCAGAGGACUACCGAUGUGAUGGUCACGUGGACUGUGAAGAUAAAAGUGACGAAUUGGACUGCAUCCAGUGUCAAAAAGGAAUGAUUCAUUGUGGCUCAAAUCGAUGUAUCUCUAUGAGUCAGAUGUGUGAUGGACGAGUAGAUUGCCCUUACGGUCAAGAUGAGAGGAAUUGCAUGCGGCUGAGCAAAGAGAUGGGUGACGAAGCUGAGGGAGAUCUAGAGAUAUAUCAACCAGAGCAUCACAGAUGGCGGAAAGCCUGCGUCUCCUUUUGGGAUGAAGGAUCCGCGGGGGAGGUCUGCUCCGUCCUCGGCUAUGGCGUUGCUAAAUCCGAGAGAUUACUGGCGAAAAAGUCCUAUAGCAAAGGACAGCAGCGGCAUCCAUAUCGGCGUUCCUGGAAGAAGAAGGUGGCUCUCAUGCGUGAGAUGAAGACUUGCAACACGAGUGACCGAGAAAACUAUCAAGUCAAUUUGGCGUGCAGUGACUACAUUUGUGGUCUCCGUAAACACCCCAUGGAGCGCCCUCUGCCGAGAAUUAUAGGAGGCGUAGAAUCUACUCCUGGAGACUGGCCCUUUCUCGCCGCUUUGCUAGGAGGCCCGGAACAGAUAUUUUACUGUGCUGGAGUCCUUAUCUCUGACCAGUGGGUCCUCACCGCCUCGCAUUGUGUCGGGAACUUCUCAUCGGGUGACCCAACUGGCUGGACAAUACAACUUGGCAUCACCCGCAGAGACGCUCAUUCAUACAUGGGUCAGAAGAUGAAGGUGCAUAGGGUCAUAUCACACCCCCAGUACAACGUGGGAGUUGCUCAUGAUAAUGAUGUUGCGCUCUUUCAGCUCAAGACAAAAGUUGAGUUUCACGAGCAUCUAGUUCCUGUUUGUCUUCCUCCUCCUAACUAUGAACUCGCGCCAGGGACAAUGUGCACCGUGAUUGGCUGGGGAAAAACCGACGAUUCUCACGCCUCAGGAUAUGAAGCAGCAGUAUACGAGGUCCAAGUGCCUGUAUUGAACAGAGAUCUUUGCAACAACUGGUUGGAACACAGGGACAUCAAUGUCACGAAGGGGAUGAUCUGCGCUGGCUAUCCUGAAGGAGGGAAAGACGCUUGCCAGGGGGAUUCCGGGGGCCCGCUGUUGUGCAAGAUGGAGGUGGAGCAGCAGGAGCGGUGGUUCGUGGGCGGGAUCGUGAGUUGGGGGAUCAAGUGCGCCCACCCGCACCUGCCGGGCGUCUACGCCUACGUCCCCCGCUACGUGGACUGGAUCCUGAAUCAGAUGCACCGCUACGACGAGCUCGAGAGGCGGCUCUGACGGGUCAAACAACUCCGCGAGAGCAUCCCGUCCCACGACCACGAACUCCAACAUUUCCUCGACGACUACCCUUACCCUCAGCCGGACUCCCGCGACCUUCUCGGACAGACCACCAGGAGCCCACUUCCACCCGCGCAGCCCACGAUACGCGUCGAGAAAUCUUCCGGGCUCAUCGCGGGCUCACAUAUAGCGCAGUCCACCGGGAGCCCAUCCUACAGUCCUCGCUAGCCAGCAAAUCCACAUUUGAGACAUUUUUCGGUAGAAGGUAAAAUGGCGUAUAAGGCUUGCAAUGUUGUUGAGAUUGUGCAAUUUUUUAGAACGUUUGCGGCCACGGAAAAUAAAGUGUCAGCGGUUAUCCCCUAAAAUUGUGGUACUACCCCAAUUU